AUUUUAAUGGAUACAAUGGAAGUAGAAGAUAUCUUGACAAAUAAAUUCCUUGAGUUUAGGCAGACAAGCAUCAAAAUAGGUCUUGAAGAAGCUCUGGUACAAUACUCAUCGAUCAACCAAACUGAUUGGCGAUUACAAACGCUGUAUGAAUUAUAUUAUAUAGACACAACCGUGAAGCAACUGUCGAAUCGGAAGACUUCUUCUGAGACACCCACUGCAACUGCAACAGCAGGAGCAAUAGUUAUAGAUCGUACAGGUCAACGUAUUCGUGCUGGUACUAAACUAUUGAGCAAUGCAUCCUUUAUCAAAGGAUAUGGAAAAUCCUUGUUCGAUAUAUUUGACAAAUUUGCUCAAAUUAUGGAAGAAUACGAACAACAGGAAGAAGCUUUGUAUUCAUGGAAGCAUUUAUUAGAAGGCUUGCUUCAUCUACCUACACGUUGCGAUAUAAUGGAAGGAUUAGCAUUGCAUAACCCAAUUGAUUAUGCUUCGCUCAUUGAUGAAUUAUUUCAGUUGAAGGUGGACGCGAAAUUUCAUAUGCACAUAAGUGAGAUGAUCUAUAAAGUGGUUGAAACCUAUCCGAACUAUGCCUCUAUAGCACGUUUCAAACUUGUAGAAAUGCGUUCGUUGCCAGAUCUGGUAACUCGAUUGACGGUAGUUCACUGUGGCGAUACCGUUGAUUUUUUGAACGGUAUUUUUGCGCAAAAUCUCAAAAGUGUGAAUUGGUUUUUGGCUCAAUCUGUGAAUAGUGGGCAUUAUUUUGUAAAGAUAAAACAAGACAUCAUGGUGGAUAUUGUGGAGCCCCUAACAAAGAUGGAAGAGCACAGACCCAGUAAUUUAGAAUUAGUGCAAUUAACAACUGCACUUCGUGUUAUAGCUGGUAUUGUUGGUUAUUUCGGUAUUAAAUUGGUAGAAAAUGAAGUUAUGACAUGUUUACAAUUAUUAGAGAAGGCCCAGUCCAAAAGAUUAAUUGAAUUACUAUUUUGCUUACUUCUCUUGGCAGCUGACCAGUUUUUGCGGAAACAGAAAGAGCUUACUCAUGUUAUCAAUCAACUCAUCAAAUCAAAUACAUCCGAGCUACCAUUAUUGAUGUAUGUAUAUUUCCAAACAGAUGCCAUCCAGCAAAUUGAAGACAAUGUUAGGUCUAUCUUAUCCAUGCAGUUACCCAUACAUAAACUUGGAUUAUUCGAAUUGCAGAAAUUGUUCAGAUCUAUCGUACAGCCUGCAUAAACCAAUGAAUAACAACAGCUUACCAAUUUUUUUGUCCCUUCUCAUGCAUCGGCACAAAAACGGAGAAACAACAAAGAAAAAAAAAAUAUUGAUACUGUCGCAUAAUUCCAACUGUCUUGUACAUAGUAAGGCAGUAUACUCUUUUUCGUGCAAAAUUUUGUUUCAACGGCAACGUUAUCAAUAUUCCCAUCAUUUUUCUCUCCCCAUCAAGCGUCAGCAUUAAUUUUGUUUUUCUGAUAGAAAGACUUGUACCUUUCAAUAAAAACAAACAUUGACUAUCAAAGGU